CACUGCUGCCACCCACAGCGAGGCCCUCGUGGCUGCGCUGCCGGCUGUGCGUGUCAGUGCUAGGCCAAUUGCCUCGACGCGCCAGCCGCUGCCGUUCAGCUCAGUCAAGCCUGUUUCAUUUGCCAAAAAUGUUCUGGGCAAGGCCGUGGGCGGUCGGUCUCUGAGCGUCAAAGUCGCAGCUGUGAACGGUUCGGGCCUGAAGGUCGACCUGCGUGGCAAGAAGGCCUUCAUCGCUGGCGUUGCUGAUGACCAGGGUUUCGGAUGGGCAAUUGCCAAGGCCUUGGCUGAGGCUGGCGCCGAAAUUUCGCUGGGUGUCUGGGUCCCCGCCCUCAACAUCUUCAAGAACAGCCUCGAGAAGGGCAAGUUCGAUGAGAGCCGCAAGCUCUCCGACGGUUCGCUCAUGACCUUCAGCAAGAUCUACCCCAUGGACGCCGUCUUCGACACCAUGGCUGAUGUGCCCGAGGAGGUUGCUGCCAACAAGCGCUACGCGGGCAACAAGAACUGGACUGUGUCGGAGGUGGCGGAGUGCGUCAAGCAGGACAUCGGCAACAUCGAUAUCCUGAUUCACUCGCUGGCUAACGGCCCGGAGGUGAUGAAGCCGCUGCUGGAGACCUCGCGCAAGGGCUAUCUGGCUGCCCUGUCCGCCUCCUCCUACUCCUUCAUCUCCAUGAUGCAGCGCUUCGGCCCCCUCAUGAACGAGGGCGGUGCCGCCAUCUCGCUCACCUACGACGCAUCCAACCGCGUCAUCCCAGGCUACGGCGGCGGCAUGUCCUCUGCCAAGGCGGCUCUGGAGUCCGACACCCGCGUGCUGGCCUACGAGGCGGGCCGCAAGUACAACGUGCGUGUCAACACCAUCUCAGCGGGUCCGCUGGGCUCGCGCGCCGCCCGCGCCAUCGGCUUCAUUGACGAUAUGAUCCGGUACUCCUACGCCAACGCGCCCAUCCAGAAGGAGCUCGCCGCCAUCGAGGUGGGCAACGUGGCGGCCUUCCUGGUGUCCCCCCUGUCCUCCGCCGUCACCGGCCAGGUGAUGUACGUGGACAACGGGCUGAGCGUGAUGGGCCUGGCCAUGGACUCCAAGACGCUGGAGCGCCCCCAGUGAACCAUGGGUCACUAGGUGGGUGGAAGAGGAGGAGGGAGAUGGCAGAAGAGGAGGAGGAGGGGCAUGGGGUGAUGAUCGGCAGGUUGGGGCGCUGAGAAGGAGGCGCGUGUAAGGACGAUGUGGCGGAUUGCGGACUUGGGAGGAGUGCUGGGCGGUGGUCAGCUGAUGCUGCUGCUGACCUUGGAUUGCCCGUUUUCGGUAGUGGGAUGGGCUAAUGGACUACCGUAUAAUCGACACCGGGCUGGCUGCAUGGUGGCUGCUGUAAGGUGGCCUGGCUGGGCCAGGCAUAAGGAGGAGGUGCCUGUGCCAGUGCACAGGGUACGGUAUUGCAAUGCAGCGCAACAGCUGCGGAACGGGCGAGUGCUGCGGGCAUGUGUGUGUUGAGCUGCAAGCUGCCGAGACGCGCUUGGGAGGAUGCUACGCUGGUCAUGCCGCCCUUGCGUUUGGAGAUUGCGGCAGUGUCCAGGGAAUUGGCAAGCUCAUAAGGUGAUAUGUGAGCCGGAGGAGGGGGGGUGCAGACAAGGAGGCGGUGUGCAUAACAAUAUACUUACAGUGGGCUCACUUGCACAUGCGGCACUGCCCUGAUUGGGCUGAGCCGUGACACUGUGAGCCGAGCUGAGGCUCACGGGCGUUAGUCCUGAGCCAAAACCCCUUUGUUGGUGUGAUGUAAGCCAUGUAACGCAAAGCAACAGCG